UAAAAGUGUAGAAUCAAAAGGUAAAAUGAAGAAUUAACACCAAUAAUAAGAAGAAAAGAAAAGACAAGAGAGGUUGGGUUGGGUCCAGUUAGAAUAUGGAAAUAAAAUAGAAAAGGAUGAGGGAAAAGUAAACCUCCCACUUGUUUUAUUUUUGUUUUUAAUGAACGUUGCUUUUCUUAAAAAGGAUCCACUCAUGGUCGAAUUUUUAUGUUACUCUUCCUUUCUAUGCUUUUUAGUUGCACUGCUUUUGUGCAUCUUACUAAUCAGUUCAAUUUUUGCCGAUAAAAUCUAAUUUAGUUUUAAUUGGAACGUAGCAUACUUGACCAAGAAUUGCACCAGUUGAUGAAGAUGAAAGAGAUUCAAUAUUUUCAAAGGGAACACGAGUAUUGAUUCAAAUCUCUAUAAUUACUGCAUUUUACAAACAGUUACUAUCAACUGCUUUUAGCUUAGUGAGCACAAAAUACCCACUCAUUUCAUUUUUACAUAUUGUCCUUCUUUCCGCUAGCACAAAGAGGAAAUGAAUACUUAAAGCAAUCAUCUCUUUUUCUUCAGCAUUUAUAAAUCUACUUUCACAAGUAAUAGGAUAUAAAAAAGAAAAAAAAAAAUUCAAAAUCGUUUUUUCAUGUAAAUUUCAAUUCGCUAUAUCUCGAUACGGUUGUCAUCUUUUGCUCUUUUUUCUAAAACAAAGUAACAUUUGCAAUUUACUAAGCUUAAAUCAGGCGAGCGCCACCAUUAAAGUACGCGCAACUGCCUAAAGCUUCAUUUGUUUUUCUAUCCCUUCUCUUUUUUUUGGUUGCUCGCCAUAGAUUUCUUUACACUUUUUUGCUUUUUUGUUUUGACUGAGUAGUGCUUAAAAAUGGGUUGUUCGGCAUCAAAGCUAGACAACGAAGACACUGUAAGGCGGUGCAGAGACAGGCGCCGCUUUAUGAAGGAAGCCGUUAACGCUCGACACCACCUAGCCGCUGCUCACGCAGAUUACUGCCGCUCUCUCCGUAUCACCGGCUCUGCUCUCUCCUCCUUCGCUGCUGGUGAACGCCUUUCCGUCUCCGACGAAACCCCUGCUGUCGUUAUCCACCCUGUUAAACCUUCUACGCCACCCUCCAAUCCAAUCCCUCCAUCUCCUGCUCCUGCUCCCGCUCCUGCUCCUUUCUCUCCUUCGCCUUCCCCUUCUCCGACAGUCGCUAGCUCCAAACUCCCUCACAUACUCUCCGCUCCUAGCAUCUCAUCGCCUGUACCCAAUCGUCGCCGUCCACGUAAGUUACCGCCCAAACUCCCGCACAUUUUGUCGGAAUCGAGUCCUUCUUCUUCCCCUCGAAGCUCGAAAUCCGGUUUUUCAAACAACUUUUUCCCCACGGCUUAUCAAGCUAAUUCCACUUACUCAACGACUCCUUCUCAAGCUUCUUCGGUUUGGAACUGGGAAAAUUUUUACCCUCCCUCCCCUCCGGACUCCGAAUUCUUCGAGCAAAAGCUACAACAACGAAAGCAACAAUUGCCGCGACGCCAUCAUCGUCAUUCAGAUGAAAACGACCAUGAAGAUACUGAAACGGAAAAAUCAGAAUACGAUUUCUUCCGUCCACAGAAACUGAAUCAUCGUUACGAUACCAAUUCCCAUAACGCCAAGAGUAAUUUCGACGAGGAAACCGAAAGAGAAGAAGUGCAAUGCAGUGAGUGGGGAGAUCACGACCACGACCGUUACACUACAACAAGUUCAUCGGAUGGAGAGGAAGCGGAUGACGAUUACUUGGCAUCUAGAUCCGAGAUAGGGACCCGCUCCAAUUUCGGGUCCUCGACGAGAGGGGAGUCGGAGAAGUUGAGUCAUCUCCAUAAUCAGACUCCUAAGCCGGCCCAGCCACAGCAGCAGAUGUAUGGGGCCACCGCGGGGAAUAAAAUGGAUAGUAAGUCGGAGGAUGCGGGAUCGUCUGCCGGCAGUUUUAGGAUGGGUACUAUGAUGGAUACGAAGAUGGUGGUUAGGCAUAGGGAUUUGAAAGAGAUCGUCGAUGCGAUCAAAGAGAAUUUCGAUAAAGCCGCCGCCGCCGGAGACGAAGUCUCGGAGAUGCUGGAGAUCGGUAGAGCUCAGCUGGAUAAAAGUUUCCGGCAGUUGAAGAAGACGGUGUAUCAUUCGAGUAGUAUGCUGAGUAACUUGAGCUCGAGCUGGACUUCAAAGCCUCCAUUGGCGGUGAAAUACCGGCUUGACUCGGCAGCGCUCAAUGAAGAAGGCCGUUCAAAGAGCCUUUGUUCUACUUUGGACCGGCUCCUGGCUUGGGAGAAGAAGUUGUACGAGGAAGUUAAGGCCAGAGAAGGAGUAAAGAUUGAGCAUGAGAAAAAGUUAUCAGCAUUGCAAAGUCAAGAAUACAAGGGAGAGGAUGAAACCAAGAUAGACAAGACGAAAGCAUCGAUAACAAGGUUGCAGUCGCUAAUUAUCGUCACAUCUCAGGCUGUCACUACCACCUCUACUGCCAUUGUGGGGCUUAGAGACAGUGAUCUUGUUCCUCAGCUUGUUCAAAUUUGUCGUGCCUUCAGGUCUAUGUGGGCGUCAAUGCAUCAAUACCAUGAAGUUCAGAACAAUAUUGUGCAGCAAGUCCGUGGCCUCAUAAACAGAUCAGGGAAAGGUGAUUCAACUUCUGAACUGCACCGCCAGGCAACACGUGAUCUAGAGUCAGCUGUAUCUGCCUGGCACUCUAGUUUCUGCCGUUUGAUAAAAUUUCAACGCAGUUUUAUCUGCUCCCUCCAUGGUUGGUUCAAGCUCACCCUUCUUCCCGUCAGCAACGACAAUUUCAAUGGCAAUACAGAGCCAUCCAAUGUAUAUGCAUUUUGUGACGAGUGGAAGCUUGCUCUUGAACGACUCCCUGACACAGUAGCUUCUGAAGCUAUCAAAAGUUUUAUCAAUGUUGUCCACGUCAUAUCUGUUAAACAAUCUGAAGAGCUUAAGGUUAAGAAGCAAACCAAAACUGCAUCAAAGGAGCUCGAGAAAAAGGCAUCAUCUCUCCGCAACAUAGAAAGGAAGUUCUACCACUCGUACUCUAUGGUCGGUGUCGGACUUCCUGAUACUGGGCCUGAUCACGGGCAGGUUUUGGAUGCUCGGGAUCCCCUCGCUGAUAAAAAAUCCGAGCUCGCAACCUGCCAAAGGCGGGUGGAAGAUCAAAUGCUGAGACAUGCCAAAGCAGUAGAGAUUACAAGAGCAAUGACUCUGAACAAUCUUCAAACAGGCUUACCAGGUGUUUUUCAAGCAUUGACCAGCUUUUCUGCGUUAUUUACCGAGGCCCUCGACUCAGUUUGCUCUCGUUCCUAUCAUAUCUAAUAGAUGUAUACAUUUCUUUUACCCACUUGACUCGGUUGAAAUUUAUUAGAACGGGUUUUUUUUCUGGCUGUGCAGUCUUAUUAUUGUUAUUUUUCGUAAAUACAAGGAAAGUCUUUGUAGUUUUAUCAUAUCAUGUGUACAGGAAAUUGCUCAGAUUAUUGUAUGAAAAAAAAAGUUUGCAAUUUCAGCAGAUGAAUAAAUACACAAAUUCCGACUUUCUUUCGUCCAAA